UCCCAAAUUCUAAAGAAAAUGUUGGAUUUUGUUUACUUUUCUUCGGUAACAGCUGUUAUGUGAUAAUCACGCUUUAAAAAAAUUAUAUAUCAUGAAGUUGAUUAGAAAAAUGGUGAUGCAACACAGUUUAUUAUAUAUUUGUCGAAGUUAGCCUAGCUAGCUAACGUUAGCUGGCCCAUUUCGCAAUCAGUGGUCGAAUCUUGUAGCUAGUUAGCUGCAACAUGUUUGAUUUUCAUUAAUAAACAGUAGUGAAUAUAACUACCAUCGCAUAUGAAUACUUAGCAACCUAGCUAUGCACAUACAGAAUGAAAACAUGUUGAUAAAUAAAUGGAGUCAUGAUGAUAGUUGCUGAUCGGAGCGAGCCAUGUCGUGUUGUUCUUUGUGUAACUGGCUUGUCACUCACUGCAGAGUGCCAAGUUGCAUGUAAAGUGACAACGAGCCAGUUGCAGACACACUGUCGUCAUGAAGGGAUUGUGUGCUUGGAUCUGGGGGUCAACAAGAGACAAAUGCACGACUUCGAAGUGGAGUACCUGUGUGACUACAAGAGGACACUUGUUCCUGGAAGGAAGAGAGCCAAUCCAACGGGAGUACCAAAGGAGAGGGAGUUCUACCUGGUUAAAUGGAAGCGUUACCCAGAUCACAUGAACACCUGGGAGCCGAGGAAAAACCUCAGGUGUGUGGAGCUCCUACGUCAGUUCUGGGACGAUGUCUUCCUGGAGCUGCAGAGACAGAAAAAGACUGUAGUCCCCAACCGGUUUGAACCAGAGCUAUCCUCUUACCUGGAGCAGAGAGCCAGGCAUAGGCAGAGCCUGCAGAGGUGGGAGGCCCAGAUCAACAGUGUCGGGGGCCUCACCAAACGCAUCCUGGUCCGCAACCGUGUGGACCUUGAGGGCCCUCCGAAGAACUUUACCUACAUCAACGGAUACAAGGUGGGUGAGGGCAUUUCGGUGACGACGGUGGCAGUGGGGUGCGAGUGCACCAACUGUUUGGAGAACCCUGUGGGUGGUUGCUGCCCAGGAGUAUCGGGCCAUGGCUUUUCCUACAACGAGUGUGGGCAGGUGACGGUUAAGCCUGGGCAGCCCAUCUAUGAGUGCAACAAGAAGUGUCGCUGUGGACCAGACUGCCCCAACAGAGUGGUACAGAGAGGGAUACAGCAUACCCUCUGCAUCUUCAAAACAGACAACGGGCGGGGGUGGGGCGUACGCGCCUCUGAGCGUAUCAAAAAGCAUUCCUUCGUCAUGGAGUAUGUCGGAGAGAUCAUCACUACAGAGGAGGCAGAGAGGAGGGGUCAGGUCUAUGACAGACAGGGAGCAACAUACCUGUUUGACCUGGACUAUGUUGAGGAUGAGUACACUGUUGACGCUGCUCGCUAUGGAAACGUCUCCCACUUUGUCAACCACAGUUGCAACCCGAACCUGCAGGUGUACAAUGUAUUCAUAGACAACCUGGAUGAGAGACUACCACGCCUGGCUUUCUUCUCAAACCGUGGUAUCAGAGCUGGGGAGGAGCUCACCUUCGACUACAAUAUGCAGAUUGAUCCAAUAGAUGUGGAGAGCACUAAAAUGGACUCCAAUUUCAGUAUGACUGGCUCACCUAAAAAGGCUCACAUGUCUGGAUCACCUAAAAAGGCUCACAUGUCUGGAUCACCUAAAAAGACUCACAUGUCUGGAUCACCCAAAAAGGAUCACAUGUCUGGAUCACCCAAAAAGGAUCACAUGUCUGGAUCACCCAAAAAGCGUGUGCGCAUGGAGUGCAAGUGUGGGAAUGACAAUUGCAGGGGGUACUUGUUUUAGGGGUGUGACACCAUUAGUGCCAUCAUGACAAUUAAACUUUAUUUCUGGCAUUUUAAAUGGACUGUGAAUAUUUGGUGUCUUUUAAUAUUCAACCCUUUCAUCAAACACUAUUCAUUAGGGUUGGGACAUCAUAUGUUUAAUUUGUUUCUAACCUGUUUGCAGUUUUUUAGAGUUAUUUGGUUUUAGUAUACAACACUAGAAUCAAAUUGUGUGCCAUAUUUAAAUAACAUAAACACUAUGAUCUCUCAUUGAAUGCUGAACUACUUUUCAUUUGAUGUAAUCAUCUGCUGUACAAUUUGUCUGUACAAAACUGGCAUGUGUGAAAGUUGAAAGGUGUGUUUUUAAUAUGUAUGAAAAUGCACUCUUCCAUGACUUUUUGGAUUAGGAGCCGUUGAUUAGUGAUGGGGGGGAAAUCGAUAGUUACAUAUUGGGAUAUUAUUUUUGACUAUAAAUCGUAUAGGUUUGACAAAAUUGGAAUAUAAUUUUUUGCUGAAGUUGGCUGCACCAAAAUGCCAGUAGUUUUCCAUCAUAGCUUGUUCUCCAUAUUAUUUUUAGAUAGGGCGCCAAUAUCUUUUAAACACUUAUUUCCAUGACUGAUCAAAACUGGUUUUCUCAUGGCUCUCUCUUGUCCCUCUGCAGCAGAUAUAUGGUGAGC